AGUUAAAGUCUUCAGAGCUCUGUAUACAUUUGAACCCAGAACUCCGGAUGAAUUAUACUUUGAAGAAGGGGAUAUUAUCUACAUUACUGACAUGAGUGAUACCAAUUGGUGGAAAGGCACCUGCAAAGGAAGGACUGGGCUAAUUCCAAGCAACUAUGUGGCUGAGCAGGCAGAAUCCAUUGACAAUCCAUUGCAUGAAGCUGCAAAAAGAGGUAACUUGAGCUGGUUGAGAGAGUGCCUGGACAACCGAGUUGGUGUUAAUGGCUUAGACAAAGCUGGAAGCACUGCCUUGUACUGGGCUUGCCAUGGGGGUCACAAAGAUAUAGUGGAAAUGCUAUUUACUCAACCAGGUAUUGAACUGAACCAACAGAACAAGUUGGGUGAUACAGCUUUGCAUGCUGCCGCCUGGAAAGGUUAUGCAGAUAUUGUCCAGUUGCUUCUGGCAAAAGGUGCUAGAACAGACUUAAGAAACAAUGAGAAGAAGCUGGCCCUGGACAUGGCUACUAAUGCUGCCUGUGCAUCUCUCCUUAAGAAGAAACAAGGAACAGAUGUGGUUCGGACAUUAAGCAAUGCCGAGGAGUAUCUUGAUGAUGAAGACUCCGAUUAAUUCCCUUCCAGAGCUUUGAGAUCUAAAAUUUCUGUUGCUUUUGCCAUUCCAAAAUCUUGUCUUUCCCAGAAGAGUGUUGGUAACUGUCUAGGAAAAAAAUAUAUAU